AUGUCAGUCUCUCCGCUCACCUUCUUCCUUGCGUACCCCUGCGCGCCGCUCCGUCCACCCCUGCCCCGCUCCGCCCUGCACGCGCCGGCGCUGCUCCGCCGGCCAUGCGCCGGCUCUCCGCCCUGCAUGCGCCGGCGCUCCGGCCGCCCCUGCGUGCCGCUCCGACCGCCGCACGCCAGUGCUCCGUCCGCCACCGUGCGCCGCUUCGCCCGUCGCGUGCCGGCGCGCCGCCCUCACCUGCGCGUCGCUCCGCCCGCCGCGCGCCGGUGCUCCGCCCUCCCGAGCGCGUCGCUCCGCCCGCCGCUCGCCAGCGCUCCGCCCUCCCCAGCGCGCCGCUCCGCUCGCCCCUGCCUCGCGCCGCCGCUCUGCCCCCCCCUCGCCAGCCGACGCCGCUCCUCCCUCCUCCGCGCGGAGCUCCGCAGCGCCGCUCCUCCCUCCUCCGCCCGAAGCUCGACGAGCUCGGCCGGCACCGCUCCUCCCUGCUCCGUGCGGAGCUCCGCCGGCGCUGCUCCUCCCUCCUCCGCUCGGAGCUCGACGAACUUGGCCGGCGCCGCCCCUCUUUCCUCGGCGCGGAGCCCGUCCUUGCCCCGCCCUCCCCUUCACGCUCGCGGACGGAGGACGAUGCCGUCCAAGUGGGUCGGGGUGGUCCGCUCGAUUUGGGCGGACCACUCCGACCCGGAUCUGAGAGGUCAACGUGGGAGGAGAGAAUCAUCCACCUGA